CACGCCGCUCCGCUAGGCGGGGGCUUCGGUGACCCAGGCAUAGAGCACGGCGGCCCCGCGGCGGCUGGGACCCCUAGUCUCCGCUGCUGCUGCCCUGGACGUCCCCGGCCGGGGACCGCAGCCUCGGCCUAGCCCCGGCUCCAGCCGCAGCCCCAGGACCCCGGGACUGGUACCACCAUGCAGGGGGUAGGAGGCCCCCUGGACUGGCUGGCGUCCGGGAAUGAGAGCGGUGGGGAGUCCCCCCGGGACCCCAGCCCAGCCUCCCCUCUGCCCCUCCCCACAGCUUGGGACGUGGCGCUGUGUAUCUCGGGGACCCUGGUGUUCUGCGAGAACGCGGUGGUCGUGGCCAUCAUCGUGGGCACGCCGGCCUUCCGGGCUCCCAUGUUCCUGCUCAUCGGCAGUCUGGCCUCUGCAGACCUGCUGGCCGGCCUCGGGCUCAUCCUGCACUUUGCCUCCAAGUAUUGCAUUGGCUCCCCCGUCCUGAGCCUGGUCCUGGUGGGGGUUCUGGUCACCGCCUUCACGGCCAGCAUCUACAGCCUGCUGGCCAUCACCGUGGACCGCUACCUGUCCCUCUACAACGCGCUCACCUACUACUCCGAGACCACGGUGACCAGAACCUACGCCAUGCUGGUGCUGGUGUGGGGGGGCGCCCUGGGCCUGGGCCUCCUCCCCGUGCUGGCCUGGAACUGCCUGGGCGAGCCGGCCUCCUGCGGCGUCGUCAGCCCCCUGACCAAGAACCACCUGGUGGUCCUGGCCGUGGUCUUCUUCAUGGUGUUCGGCGUGAUGCUGCAGCUGUACGCCCAGAUCUGCCGGAUCGUCUGCCGCCAUGCCCAGCAGAUCGCCCUCCAGCGGCACCUGCUGCCCGCCUCCCACUACGUGGCCACCCGCAAAGGCAUCGCCACCCUGGCCGUGGUGCUGGGGGCCUUCGCCGCCUGCUGGCUCCCCUUUGCCGUCUACUGCCUGUUGGGUGACUCCCACUCACCCCUGCUCUACACCUAUCUCACCUUGCUCCCGGCCACCUCCAACUCUCUCUUCAACCCCAUCAUCUAUGCCUUCCGAAAUCACGACAUCCAGAAAGUCUUGUGGGCUGUCUGCUGCUGCUGCUCCUCCUCCAAGUCCCCCUUCCGCUCCCGCUCCCCCAGCGACGUCUAGUUGGGCCCCUUCCUCCUUCCCUCCUGCCCCCUUCUGUUCUGCACCUUCAGAAGGAUGUGUCUCUGACAGCUCUGUCAGCCUCAGUCUCCCCUCUUGCCCCCUCCCCAGGCACAGGGUUCUGCUGCUUUGGAACGCUUUCUCUGAUUGGGAAGGGUUCCUUCUCUUCCAGUCCCAUCCCUGCCCAGAUCCCCCAGGCUCCAGCCAGGGGAGCUUUGGAAAUGCUGUGUCUUGGAGGGUCUGUCCCUCCCCCCACCCCGUUUCCUGUGUCUUUGCUAAAAAGCCAGUGAGUUUUGUGUGUGAGGGGUCUGCCCUUCUCCCCAUCCCGUUUCCUGUGUCUUUGCUAAAAAGCCAGUAAGUUUUGUGUGUGACGGACCUGGAAACCCUGGGCCACUGGGCCACCUGGAGAGAAAGAGACAAAGACAGAGAGAGACAGAGAA